AUGGUGAAAGAAAUCCUGCUAAAGCCUAAGGUAAAUGUCUCUUCAUAUAUCCACUUUCUGCUCAAUUAUAGAAAAAAGUGCAAGGAGCAGCAGCCCAACAUCUAUCUUGGCUUUAAAGAAUUCUCUCGAAAGUGCUCUGAAAAAUGGCGGUCCAUCCCAAAGCAUGAAAAGGCCAAAUUUGAGGCCCUAGCGAAGCUUGACAAAGCCCGCUACCAGGAAGAGAUGAUGCAGUAUGUAGGCAAGAGAAGGAGACGAAGAAAGCGGGAUCCUUUGGCACCCAAACGACCUCCUUCAUCCUUUUUGAUCUUUUGCAAAGAACGCUACGCUCAUCUGAAGAGAGAGAAUCCAAGCUGGACAGUGGUGCAGGUGGCUAAGGCCGCUGCAAACUUGUGGUGUGAAAUGCCAGAACCAGAAAAGCAGCUCUAUAGCCAAAGAGCAGCCAGCCUACGAGCCAAGUACCAAGAGGCUUUGAAAGAAUACCGCAAGAGGAAGCCCCAAAGGUUGGCAAAGAACCAGAGAAGAAAGUAG